AUGUAUACAUCAGAACCAGACGCGCAAGAAUCGUCAGGACUACCAUGGGGAGUGACGGUGACGCCGUUCGCCACCAACGACGAGAAAGGCAACUCGCCGUUGUAUGGAUCCGGCGGAGACUUAAUCCCUAGAACGCUAAAUGGCUUACCGUCUGAGACGAUUGCGAGGCAUGCUAAUCCGGAAUCGUCUUCGGAGACGAUGUCGUCGUUUAUCGAUCUGGAAUUGCCUUAUGCACCUAAUUACCAAUUACGUGGUGUUGAACAAGUCUCUCCAAACACUGGAACAAAGAGAUAUAUUCCAGAUUCACCCUCUUCGUUGACGCCAGCAGAGGGAAUGUUAUUCGACACAGUUGAUGACGCGUAUAACUUUUAUAAAACUUACGCAGAAGCGGGAGGUUGGACCGUAAGGAAGGGCACACCGCACGAGAACCGUGGUAUUGUUAUAAACAAGUACUUUUUUUGUUCAAAGGAGGGUCAAAAAGACUUUCGACCGGUUGAUACCUUAGUCGAACAGUUGUCUGAUAGGUGGGUACGUAGGGUACCAUCCAAAAGGACCGGAUGCCAAGCUGCGAUCAGAAUAAAGCUUACCGAUGCUAAGAAGUAUUUGCUGUAUCAUUUUAUAGAGGCGCACAACCAUGAUUUUGUGCAUCAAGAAGAUUUACAUCUUCUCAAGGAAAACAGGGGUAUUAAUCGUGCUCACGAAGAGAUGAUAAACAAGAUGUCACAUCUCAACAUUGGUCCUGUUCGUGCAUUUAACAUUAUGAAGGAAGUGUAUGGUGGGUUCGACAAAGUCGGUGCGACCAAAUUCGAUUUUAAAAAUUUCAAGAAAGAAUUAAAUCUUUUUAUCGGAGAGUUUGAUGCGGAAAUGUUUGUUAAGCGACUGAUGAGGAAAAAGGAGUUUUUACCGAACUUCUCUUGUGAAUAUGAAACGACAGACGAAGGUGUGUUGAAGUGUAUUUUUUGGGCCGACGAGGAUAUGAAGAGAAAUUAUUAUAUGUUUGGGGACGUUAUAUCAUUUGAUGCUACCUACAAGCGUAACAAGUAUAACAUGAUGUUUGUCCCUUUCACUGGGAUUGAUAAUCAUAAUAGGAACGUGACACUUGGUGCUGUAAUUCUCGGUUCUGAAACGGCAGAGACGUAUAGCUGGUUACUUAGGGCGAUCAAGAACGCAUAUGGGUACGCGCCUCCUGUAAUCGUUACUGACCAGGACCCUGCGAUGAAAAAGGCUAUAGCGGAUGUUUGGCCUGAGUCGAGGCAUCGGUUAUGUAUGUGGCAUAUCAUGGAUAAACUCACUACUAAGGUCGGGGCUGCCCUAUGUUCAAAUACAGAUUUCAGGAAAAUAUUGUCUGCAGUUGUUUGGACUGAUUCUCUAUUGCCCGAAGCGUUUGAGGCUGAAUGGCAGCUAUUAUUCAUGAUUUCGGUUUAA